UUGUUUUUCUAUUUUUUUCUCACUUAUCUUCUCUCUCAUAUCGUUAUUCUCAUUCUCUCUCGUUUUGUCUCAUUUUUUCUCCUCCCGUUCUGGAAGCCAUGUUGUUUGUUGCGUCAUUCAGGAAUAAAAACCGUCCCUAACUUGAUAUAUUUCAAUAUGUGGUAAAAACGAGUUUCUGCGUCUCUCCUACCUUCCAGCCUCCGCCAUGAGUCCACCCGGCCGUUCGCUCUGACCGAUUCACCGACGCCGGGCUGGAGAUGAGCUGUACGCAGUGGCAGAGCGUUUCCAGGAGGCGGCGCUGUUGAGACGGGAGUGAUCGGGUUUCUGCCACCGCCAUGGACGAGUUCUCAACCCGGACCUACGGCACCAGCGGCCUGGAUAACCGACCUCUGUUUGGAGAGACGUCGGCUCGGGAUCGGAUCAUCAACAUGGUCGUAGGAGGCUUCACGUCUGUGGUGGUUCUGGUAACCGUGAUCGGCUCCUUCGUCUUCCCCUCGUUGCCUCCGCAGCCGCUCAACAUCUUCUUCGCUGUCUGCAUCCUGCUGGCGUGCGGCUCCACCAUCGUGCUGAUAUUCUGGUACCGACAGGGCGACCUGGAGCCCAAAUUCAGGAAGCUGAUCUACUACAUGCUGGCCACCAUCCUGCUGCUGUGUUUAUGUGCCAACCUUUACUUCUUCGACGUCAGGUAGAGGAAGAGGAGGAGGAAGAGGGGACAUCAUGGCGUUGUCUGACAGAGGGAGGUCCAACGUGGACCGAGACGGGACCGAAAACACGGAGGGUUAAAGUUCCCGGGGUCAGAGUUCAGAUGGCGGAACUCAAACAGAAUCGUUUAAGUCGUAAUGAAUCCUGACCCUCCAGCGAGGAUCAAACUUGUGUUUCUGGAAAUAAAGAUCUGAACACAUUUAAGCCUCCACCGGGGGCGCCAGAGAGUCACAGUGAUUCAAAACCACAGAAUGAAAGUUGAACAUUGAAGUUGAAAAAUGUUUCAGUUUAAGGAGGUUAGCUUCCUGUAGGGCGAUUUGAGGCUGAAACUGGAAACCUCUGAGUUUGGAUUAAAAGGACAUUAAAUCUCACGGUGCGUUCAGGGGAGACUCUACGGUCAGAAAUUCAAAGCUUCUUUUAGUUUACUAGUCGUAACAGGAAGAUUUUUCACUUUAGAUCGGGAUCAAGUGAAGCUUUUUCUGCUUAUUUACUAGAUGCUUGUAAGCUGUUUGAUAAAAUUAGAGCUGGGCAAUAAAUCCGAUUAAUGAUAAAUUUUGGUUUAUGAGGAUUUUAAUUUUGGAAAAUCUGGAUUUUUGUCCACCAAUUCUCUCCGUAAUUCAGAGUGAUGUCAGCACACCCAGGGCGGCCAUCUUGUUUUACUAUAAGAAUAGUCACAAUAAUAACGGAAUAAAGUUGUAAUAUUACCAGAAUAAAGUCUAUUAAAUAAUAAAUAGAAAUUCCAAAUCUUUUAACACAUUAUCAGUUAAUAAUCAGGACUUUAAAACUGUCAAGGAAACAACUGCAUUUAUUUCAAAGAAAAUUCUACAAAAAACGACUUGGUUACUUCGGAUCCUGACUUUUUUCUCAUAAUUUAGGUUUUUCUGGUAAAAUUGUGUCUUUAUUUUGAUAAUACAAAUUUAUUCUUGUAAUUAAAUAUAUUCUAGUAGCCUGGUCGUAUUACUCAGACGGAUUUAAAUAAAAACCACACAAUCUGAUCCAGUAUGAAAAAGUAAAAUUUUAAUCUUUUUUUUAAUUGCCCAGCCCUAACUGAAAUAAUCUGCUCCGUUAAUCCUGCUGGUGUUGAAUCUGAGCUGGACUCGUUACGCUUCGUUAGUCUGCCUAGAGACGAACGUUUGUUCCUUAAAACUGGAAAAUAAAAUCAGAGGAAAGUCAAUUUUAGAUUCAACAUACAGAAAUUCACAGUUUUCCCUCCAUUUUGUCACUUUAAUGUGUUUUAUUGUGAUUUUAUAAAGUAAAAGCCUGAAUAAAAUCAGUCAACUGGC